UCCUGUCUCCUCCUCUCUGUCAGCUGCUGCGUCUCCUCCUCCGCUAGCUUAGCCUGCUAGCUCGCAGCAGCAGGGAAGGUAAACAUGGCUAUGUCGCAGGCUCUGUCCGAGGAGGAGUUCCAUCGGAUGCAGGCCCAGCUGUUGGAGCUGCGGACUCAGAACUACCAGCUGUCUGAUGAUCUCAGGAAGAACACGGCAGAGCUGAAUGCCGUCCGUCAGAAGAAUGUGGUUUUGGAAAGAGAUUUUAUCAAAGCACAGAAGGCCUUGAGUAAGAGUAAGAAAGCUCAGGAGGUGGAUGCUUUGCUGAGUGAGAACGAGAUGCUUCAGGGGAAACUCCACAGUCAGGAGGAAGAUUUCAGACUACAGAACAGCACACUGAUGGCUGAACUCUCCAAGCUGUGUACACAGAUCGAGCAGCUGGAGCAGGAGAAUCAGUGCCUGAAGAAGGAAGGAGGAGCAGCCUCUGCAUCCAGCCCCCCACCUAACCCUGCUUCCAGCCCCGUGGAUGGAGAACUGCUCCGCCUCCAAGCAGAAAACUCCACCCUCCAGAAGAAAAUGAAGGCCCUGCAGGAACGCUUUGAUAAGGAGCUGCAGAGACAGGCGUCCGUUCAGGGCAACCAGAGUGCGACCACAGAGGCUGACGGAUCAGCAGGUACCAAUGGAGUCUCUGAUGUCACAGGGACAGGGGAGGAGUCAUUGCCAGGAGGAUCCAAUGACAGACUGGAACAGGCGGAGCCUGAGCUGCGGCAGACGGAGAAACAGCUACACGGCCUGUCAGAGAAGAGCGUAGAGAAGAUUGUAGCUAAGCAGGCAGCGCUAGGCUGGUCGGCUGCUCUCUGUCCAAUAACUCACUGCUUUGGACCAGAGCUGGAGAUGGCCCUGAACACCGAGCAGGAGGAGAAGAGGCUGCUGAAGGAGCAGAUCCACACUCUGGAGGCGUCCAAACAGGCUGAAAUCACCAAACUGCAGGAAGAAAUAACAAAGCUGUCUGACAAGCUAAAGAAGAAGCAGGAGAGUUUCCAGCGUCUGCAGACAGAAAAGGAGGCUCUGUACAACGACAGCAGGACAAAGAUCGAUGAGAUCAACCAAAGAAAAGAAGAAGAGCUGAAGGCCAUGAAUAUCCGUGUCCAGAAACUACAGACGGACCUCAUGGCAGCCAAUCAGACGGUGUCAGAGCUGAGAGAGCAGCUGCAGAGCAAAGAGAAGGAACACGAGGUGGCUCUGCACACACUGAAAGACGAGGUAGCCAGUCAGAGUGCAGUCAGUCAGGAACAGGUGGACAACAUCCUGCAGGAGAACGAUGCUCUGAGGACAAACCUAGCUGCUCUAGAACAGAUCCAGACGGUGAAGACGCAGGAAAUGAACCUGUUGCGAGAGCAGCAGGAGGCGCUGACGGCCGAACUGCAGCAGAGACGAACUGAACAGGAGAAUCUGCUGGCUCAGAGAGAUGACCUCAACUCCCAACUGCAGGAGUCGAGUUUUGCCAACAGGAAGUUGUUGGAGCAGUUAACAGAAGAAGGACAAGAGAAGGAUAGACUGCUGAGAGAGCUGGAUGAGGCUAAGAAGACGGCAGAGAAGAGGAAGGCCAUGCUGGAUGAGAUGGCCAUGCAGCUGAACCAGGAAAAGUCUGACCACAAGGAGGCGCUGUCAGACCUCAAACUGCAGCACGAGAAAGAGGUUCUCGCAGUGAGGGCUCGAUACGAGAAGGAGCUCCGAGGACUUCAUGAAGACAAGAAUCGCUCUGAGGAAGAAAUCCGACAGCAGCUUAGAGAUGAAAAGGCUCGGACGAAGGAGCUGGAGGGUUUACAGCCCCGAGUGGAGGAGCUGCUGAGUCAGGUCCAGUCCAUGGAGGGAGCCAAAGGAUGGUUCGAGAGACGGCUCAAAGAGGCUGAGGAGAACAUAGAGAAGAACUCUCUGCAACAUCAGGAGGAAAUCGAGCAGCUGCGGAAAGAACACAAACUUCAGCUGGAGGAGAAGCAGUCAGAGAUGGAGAAACUGAAGCAGCAGCUGGUGGAGGUGGAGAAGCAGAGGGAGGAACACGGGGACACCAUCGGGAAACUCAAACAGGAGAUAAAGGACACGGUGGACGGUCAGAGGAUUCUUGAGAAGAAGGGAAGCGCAGCGCUGAAGGAUUUGAAGCGGCAGCUGCAGCUGGAGAGGAAGCGAGCAGACAAACUGCAGGAGAGGCUCCAGGAGAUUCUGACCAACAGCAAAACCAGAACAGGUUUGGAGGAGCUAGUUCUGUCAGAGAUCAACAGUCCCAGUCGAACUCAGCAGACUGGAGACUCGUCCUCUGUGUCCUCCUUCUCCUACAAAGACAUGAUGAAGGAGUCUCAGUCGACCAAUCAGAAUAAGUCUGGAGGAGGCAGCCCUCAGUCUCAACGUCCCGCCGAAUUAUCCGAUGACGAGGUUGGAGAGCUGUUCCAGCGGCUCGCUGAGGUUCAGCAGGAGAAAUGGAUGCUGGAGGAGAAGGUGAAACAUCUGGAGGUGAGCUGUUCAUCGAUGGCUGAAGACAUCUGCAGAAAGAGCGCCAUCAUAGAGACGUACGUGAUGGACAGCCGCAGAGAUGUGUCGGGAAGCACGGUCGGAGGUCACGGAGGCUCUCAGGGAGACCGGGGAGGUCUGGGUUCGGUCCUAAGAGAGCUGGUGAAACCAGGAGACGAGAAUCUGAGGGAGAUGAACAAGAAGCUGCAGCACAUGUUGGAGGAGCAGCUCACCAAGAACAUGCACCUGCAGAAGGACCUGGAGCUGUUGUCCCAGGAAUUAGUCCGUCUCAGUAAAGCGAGCAGUCCCGGUAGCAGUGCUGCUGGGUCAGGAUGAGGCUAUCACCUGGAUAAAUCCAUGCAGUCACUUCCAUCUCACUACUACCAUUCACCUCAGCUGGAAGGUGUCAGCCAGACUCAGGCUAACACCUGGAACCAAGUUUUCUUCCUUACUCCAUCUCUGCGCUAAGACCUGCUGUAGGCUCUGACUACUGCCUGGAGCUGUUAUGUUUUCACCAUUUCAGCCUGCCUCCUGGGUUGUGACUAAAUGCUGAAAUAAUGUCCAUGUCAUGCUUUUCAGCCUGGAGGAAGCCUUUUAAAGGCAUAGAAGAAGACGCUGAACGGAAACACUGAGGAUAUUAAAAGCUGGCCUCAACUUAUGUACGUGUAUGUUGAAUGUACUGUAAUUAGACCGCACUGCUCAGUUUGCUCUGAGUCCUGGCUACGACCUGCAGUGGUCACAUUAUAACAGACUUGUGCUUUAUGUUGUCUGUAAAUCUUUGCUUUCACUGGUUUCUACUAUAUGUCUUAACACUCUGUCUGUCUGUCUGUCAGGGCAUCGCUAUAUCCUGAAGGGACACUUCUUAUCCUAAAUGACUGACAUUGGUUCCUGUAUGCAGUAACUCUGUUGUGAUCUGACUAUGUCCUGUCUGCUAAAGAAUCACACAUUACUGAGUAUGUGGGCUGUGUCUACGCUGUCAUCUUGCCUUUUGAUCUUCUUCGAGUACCAAAUAUAAUACUUUGAUCAGGUCGUCAUGACACCUGAGUACACCCCCCACCUCCAGAUUAAAAGAUGCUGUUUGAAUAUUUUAUUCUGAAAGUUGCCUGCAACAUGGUCAGGUCGCUGUUGUGGUGGCCUCUAUGUGGUUCAUACUCUCGUCCAGAUGUGUUCACUUCUGACUUUUAUAUCAGUGGGUGACGUCACAGUGGUCACGACCAUCUAACCACCAACAGACCUCCAGAGCAGACCGUAGACUCUGAGGUGAAUGACAUCAAAGACGCCACAGAAACUAGGCCAGGAAAGUAGUACGAGGCUAGCUGUUUAGCAGCAACUAAACCUUCAAAAUAAAAUACUUUGGCCUGAUAAUCCACCAUCUGUUGCAGCUUUAAUCACAUUUUCUUUGGUGAAACUCAAGUUUUACAGGUUAUAGUUAAACUGUGAUGACACUAAAUUAAAAAAAAAACCCCACUUCUUAUUAAGUGUUUUUCUAAAAGAACUUCAUUUCAUAGGAAAGCUUGUUUGCUUUAACAGAUUUAACAUAACCACCAGAAAAAAUAAAUGGCCAUACCUUAAAGAUUGCCUACAAAUGUUCACUUUAAACUUCCUGUUAAUCUGUCAGCUGGUGUCACACGUUAACUGAUUGUCUCCUUAGAUUAAUUAGAGUUGCUUUAUCUGUCUGUGUUGGGCUGUGGCUACGUCCACGAUUUCACAGUGUGAAAUGUCUUAGGCGUCACAGGUACUCUGUGCAGCUAUUUUGCAUCCCGGCCUUUAUUUAUUGCUUUUUAUGCACUUUGGGGUGCAAAAUGGUCUCCUGUGUGUUUCAGCGCCUGUCACCAGAACAGUCAUUAAAAUUAAUCAGGAAUGGCAAAUGGAUAAUGGUAAAUGGAUCCAGGUUUAGACUAUUAGCUGGAUUUUCAGACACAGUUCCUUUUGUCGAACCUAAUGCGACCGUGUUUGUGUUUCGAUGGCUUCUGGUCCAAAUAACAUCUCAGAGAAAUAAAAACUGAAACACUGAAAUAUUAAAACAUAUCAUAUUUCCCUUUGUUUUAGUGAGGUUAGUCUGGAUAAAAUCUGGUUUAACAUCAUUGAUGACAAACAGCAAUCAGUAAUAGCUGGACAAUGAAAAAUCUGCACAGCUUUAAUUGGUGUGACGCAGCCUGGGAUCCACAAUGGUUCAACAAAAGCUAAAUGACUGCCUUUGUGUGGUCUGUGUCUAUAUCCUGGAUGAAAAGAACUCUAACGUUUCUUGCACUAUUAUCAGUUUGUGAAUACUUCCAUCUUUACCGGAGUCACCAAAUGGCACACAAGAAAGACAGUUGUCAGUUUUUGUUGCUUUUCUGCAGGGUGGAUAUAUUUCCUGCUCUAAAAAAUAAUGUUCUCUGACUUUGACUGUAUCGUUGCAUUUAUUUCUGUUUCGUGAAAAUCUGACAGGAAGUGACAGACACCUUCCUUUUGCUUUGCCCUUGUGUCUUCUUCUGGACUCUGGAUCAUGGGGCCUGACUAUGCCCUGGAUUAUACUCUGCCCCAGGCUAGCUCCAUCUAACUGGGCUGUGAUUAUAUUCUGGACAUUAUGCUUGUAACAGAUUUUGUGUUUUAUGUUAUAACUGCCUGCAUAUCACUGCUUUUUUGUUUGGUUUUUGGUUUUGUUUGUUUCUUUAUGUACACUGCAGCACAUAUCCAGCACCGUCUGAUGUUAGGAGUUUAAAAUCUCAACAUGUGGGAGGAAAACCCGAGCUGUUUUUGGUGUAGUUUUAAGGACUUUCAAAUCUUAAGCUCAAGGGUGUUUAAACCAAACGUUAAACAACUGAAAAUUUCCUCAAAAUAAUCACUUAGCAGUUAAACUGCACCAAAAUCAGAUCUUUUUUUCCCAUCUUUGCUUCAAUGAUGGCGCUAGACUGAUCCACUGGGAUUGGUCUAUGUGCUGGACAGGGACUCGGCUGGCGCUUAUUGUUUUUGUUUGUAAUGUUUAAAUCUGUACAUAAACGCUGCGAUAUGACUUCUAACUGUAUGAAAAAUCAACUGAUCUAUUUAUGAGGCUGAUGAUGAUCAUGACGCUAAUUAUUGUAACUAUGACAAAAUGUGAUAAAAAAAAAAAUACUGUCUGAACAUGA